GCCUUUGGAAUCACUUUGUUACGAUCCGUUUGCUUCACGUGUCAUUUGCCGCUCGUUUUCACUUUUUACUGAAGUUUUCGCUGCGCGUGUCACGAUGUAUAAUCUUGUCUGCUUGAAGCGGUCACUUGUUCGCUUUAUCUUAACGAUCUUACUGCAACACAUGAGACCAUUCUCCCCUCUUUCAUAGUCCAUACGGUGAUCGCUUAUGACUCCGAAAUGCAUGAGGCGUUUUUGCCCAUCUGUCUUCUGAGAAACUAUCCAUACGCAUUGGAAUGCUUGACUUGCUACGACAAUUUCCUUCUCGUCGGUACCAAGCAGGGCUUGCUGCUUGUAUACGAAAUUACUCCGAAAUCUCUCAGUCAUCCUGUUUAUUUUAUUCCCUCGAUCAAUCCUCGGCCGAUUUCCAAAAAGACUGUACGCUUGAGUCUGAGAAAUGACAUUCUUGAGCAACCCGAAGCCCCAGAUCCACAUGCGUUGCCCGCAGCGGCUCCCAUAUUUUCAACUCGAGUCCACACAACGCGAACAUUUGGCCGAAAGCCAAUUUUGCAGCUGGCUGCCAUUCCCGAAUUGGAUUUGUUGUUAGCUCUAGCUGAGGGUCAGAUGAACGUGUAUCAAUUGCAAAACUGUCAGCUGAUCGCCACCGUUCCAACAAGCAAGGGAGCAACAGUCUUUGCAUAUUACUAUUCACUUGGUAAAGAUCUCGCGGAAAAUCAGUCUUGCCUCUCCGGCUCCGAUUCUGGUACUUCUCACAACCCCUCCAGUUAUUUUACUGGGGCUAAAUUGUACAUUUGUGUCGGUGUGAAACGCCGCUUAUUCUUUUGGCGUUGGGACUUCCUCGGUCAAAAGUGUGUUCGUCCCGGUGGUCCCGAGGAUCGUUUGUCUUGUGAUUGGUCACCGGAGCUUACUCUGUCAGAUACCGCGCGAGUUAUGCAGUUUCAAGGCCCAACUCACCUGAUCGUGGGCACACGAGCUGAGUACUGUCAGGUCACCUUAUCCACUGGCGAAGUAAGCAUAUUUGCCUGUCUGCAUUCGAUUUUUGAUUGA